AUGACUGACGAAAAGCUCCUCAAUUCUGCUAUUGACGACUCCACCGAUUUUGAAGCCGAUGGAGAGUACGAGGCUCAUCACUUCAAUCAGGACAGUGACGACGAAUUGUUAUCCAAGUCUUACAACUCGACCCAUUACUCUACCACAGAGGAUAGAUUCAUCAAAGACCAGGAUUUAAAGGUUAAGGCGUUUGAAGCGCUUCAUAACUCCCUGGAUCUCGGUUUGAAGAGCAAUGUCUCCAGCCCUUCUCAACUCCGUAGAAGGUCUUCCAUCAUUGAUUUGCCCAACCACAACCUUACCAAUGGUUUGCACUACCAUCCCAACCCAUCUCAUGCUGCCCACAAUAACAACCAUACCCAAAACAGCACUGCUAGUGCCAAUGCCUUACCAGAAGAGUAUCCUUCUGAAGAGUUGAUCGAGUUAUUCCAAAACGUCAAGACCUGUAUUGAGCUUAGACACAAGUACUUGGAUUUGUCGUUGCAAUCCAAAGAAUGUGACAAUCCCAAAAAUAAGGACGGCUGGGUGAUUUACCCCCCACCACCAAAGCCAACUUACAAGUCCAAGAACAGAUUUAAUCAGAUCCCCAGUGUGAUCAGCGAAAAUGAAGAAGAAUUUAACUUCUCAAACUGCGAAGUUCCUUCAGCAGCAGAAGGAUUCACCUGGAGUUUGAACGACGACCACUUGUAUCAAGUUUUGGACAAAGAUGGAAAAUCAAUUGUAGAGGUUCCAACCUUGAAGGAUUAUUUCACCGAUCUUAAUUUGAUCACUAAAAUCUCUUCUGAUGGCCCUUCCAAAUCAUUUGCUUUUAAGAGAUUGCAAUAUUUAGAAGCCAAGUGGAACUUGUACUACUUGUUGAACGAGUUUGAGGAAACCAAACAGUCAAAGAAGAAUCCACACAGGGACUUCUACAAUGUGCGUAAAGUGGAUACUCACAUCCAUCACUCAGCUUGUAUGAAUCAAAAGCACUUGUUGAGAUUCAUCAAGUACAAGUUGAAAACUCAACCAGAUGAACAGGUAAUUUUCAGAGAUGGCAAGAUUUUAACUUUGAAACAGGUCUUUGAAUCCUUGAAAUUAACUGCUUAUGAUUUGUCUAUUGAUACUUUGGAUAUGCAUGCGCAUACCGAUACAUUCCAUAGAUUUGACAAGUUCAACUUGAAGUAUAAUCCUAUUGGCGAGUCAAGAUUGAGAGAAAUAUUCUUGAAGACAGACAAUUUUAUCAACGGAAGGUACUUGGCAGAGUUAACCAAGCAGGUUUUUGAAGAUCUUGAGAGUUCAAAGUACCAGAUGACAGAACUAAGAAUAUCCAUUUAUGGUAGAUCUAUCAGUGAAUGGGACAAUUUAUCGGCCUGGAUUGUGGACAACAAGUUAUUUAGUCAUAAUGUCAGAUGGUUGAUCCAAGUUCCAAGAUUGUACGACUUGUACAAGAGAAAUGGCAACGUGGAAACCUUCCAGGAUAUCUUGAGAAACUUGUUUCAACCAUUAUACGAGGUUUCUCUCGAUCCAAAAUCGCAUCCAAAGUUGCACAUUUUCUUGCAAAGAGUUAUUGGUUUUGACUCUGUGGAUGACGAGUCCAAGAGCGAAAAAUCUUCACAAUCAAAGAGAUUCCCCCCUGCUCACCAAUGGGACAUUCCAACCAAUCCUCCAUAUUCUUACUGGUUAUACUAUUUGUUUGCCAACUUGACCCCAUUGAAUAAAAUUAGACAAAAAUUGGGCUACAAUACUUUUGUGCUCAGACCACAUUGUGGUGAGGCUGGAGACCCAGAGCAUUUGAUCAGUGCUUUCUUGACCUCGCAUUCCAUUUCUCAUGGUAUUUUGUUGAGAAAAAUACCAUUCAUUCAGUACUUGUACUACUUGGAUCAAAUUGGUCUUGCCAUGUCACCACUUUCCAAUAAUGCUUUGUUCUUGACAUAUGAUAAGAAUCCUUUCCACAAUUUCUUCCAGAAAGGUUUGAACGUCUCGCUUUCUACUGAUGAUCCUUUACAAUUUUCUUACACCAAAGAACCAUUGAUUGAGGAGUACUCUGUGGCUGCCCAAAUAUACAAAUUGUCCAGCGUCGAUAUGUGUGAGUUGGCAUCUAACUCUGUCAGGCAGUCAGGAUGGGAAACUUCCAUUAAGAAACACUGGUUGGGAAAGAACUUCGGCUUAGGAGGUGUUGCAGGCAAUGAUAUUGAAAAGACCAACGUCCCUACUAUUAGAGUUGGUUAUAGAGAGGAGACCUUGAAGAGUGAGCACGAGUUGAUCGAGUACUACACCAAGCUUGGCACCGCAAAGAAGUAA